AUGGAUGUGGCUUCAGUGUUGCGCAUGAAUGGAGGCACCGGAGAUGCAAGUUAUGCUAACAAUUCCUUGUUACAGCAAAAGGUGCUUUCCAGAACAAAGCCCAUUAGAGAUGAAGCUAUAAGGAGUUUCUACAAAGAAAAGCUCCCUAAAAGCCUAGCAAUUGCAGACUUGGGAUGCUCUUCAGGACCAAACACUUUGUUUAUGACCUGUGAACUCAUCGAAACUGUGGAGAUGCUUUGUAGAGAGCUAAGCCAUGAAUCUCUAGAAUACAUCAUCUUCUUGAAUGAUCUUCCCGGAAAUGACUUCAACAACAUUUUCAAGACUCUUGACUGCUUCAAACAAAAGCUAAGCAGUCAUGUUUUAGGUGGUGGGAUUGGUCAGUGCUACAUCACUGGCCUUCCUGCUUCUUUUUAUGGCAGGAUUCUUCCUGAUAAUUCUCUGCAUUUUGUUCAUUCCUCCUACGGUCUUCACUGGAUUUCUCAAGUUCCCAAAGGUGUAGAAAACAAUAAGGGAAAUAUUUGCAUGGGAAGGACAAGCCCUUAUAAUGUUCAUAAAGCUUACUACAACCAAUUUCAAAGAGAUUUUUCUUUGUUUCUGAAAUGUCGUGCUAGAGAGCUUGUUGAAGGAGGUCGUAUGGUUCUUACACUCCAAGGAAGAAGAAGCAAUGCUCCAUCAAGCAAUGUAUGUUGCUACGCUUGGGAGCUUUUAGCUCAGGCACUCAAUGGCAUGGUUUUGGAGGGAAUCAUAAAGGAAGAUCAGAUUGAUUCAUUCAACAUUCCAAUGUACCAUCCAUCCCCAUCUGAAUUGGAAUUAGAGAUUGAAAAAGAAGGCUCCUUCACUUUGAAUCACUUGGAGGUAUUUGAAGUAAGUUUGAAGGCAGCUUGUGGUGAAGAUAAACUCGACAUUAAUAACAGUGAUGGAUACAAAGUCGCACAAUUAGUGAGAGCUGUGGCUGAACCUCUUCUUGUGAGCCACUUUGGAGAAGCUAUCAUUGAUGAAGUUUUUCAUCGUUACCAACAUGUGUUAGCUGAUCGUAUGUCUAAGGAAAAACCCAUUUUGCUCAAUUUCGCAAUAUCUUUGACCAAAACAACGACUUGA